AUGCGCGCCUCAUUCGUUCUCACACUCGUUUCACUCUUGGCCGACUCGGCCUCAUCCAUUGCCGUUCCCUGGAAGACAUCAUCAAAUCAGCCUCGACAUGAUCCCUUCAUCGGAAAGCGUGACACCACCUCCACUGACUACGACUAUGUCGUCGUCGGCUCCGGUGCAGGAGGAGGUCCCGUAGCCGCCAACCUCGCCAUUGCUGGCUACAAGGUCCUCCUAAUCGAUGCAGGCGGCGACUCUGGCGAUGCCUGGGAGGAAAAGAUCCCAGCUCUGCACCUCAUGUCGACCGAGUUCGAGGACACCCGGUGGAACUAUUAUGUCAACCACUACCCCGAUGCCAAGCAGCAGAAGCGGGACUCCAAGAUGACGUACGAGAAACCGGAUGGGAGUCUUUACGUUGGUCUUGAUCCCCCGGCCGAGGCUAAGCCUCUUGGUGUUUUGUAUCCUCGUGCUGGAACGCUGGGUGGAUGCUCGCGCCACAAUGCUCUCAUUUCUAUCUAUGCUCAUGAUAGCGACUGGAGUAACAUUGCCACCCUGACUGGUGAUGACUCUUGGAACCCGACCAACAUGCGAUCGUACUUCAAGAAGCUGGAGAAGAACAUGUACCUACCCAGCAGCAUCAUCGGCCAUGGCUUCAAGGGGUGGCUCGGUCUGUCACUUACAUCUCUUUCUCUGGUCGUGGAAGACCAGAAGCUCCUAUCCCUGAUUAUUGCCGCUGGCUCUGCCAUGGGUAAGAGCCUUGUUGGCUUUCUACUCAACACCGUUGCCGGGCUUGGUCAGGUGCUGCUUCGAGAUAUCAACGCUCCUGGCCAGACGAGCAAGACUGGACUUUACCAGGUUCCUUUGUCGAUGACUGAUUCUGUGCGUGGUGGACCCAGGGAUCUGAUCCUGAACACUGCCAAUGCUGUCAACUCUGAUGGUUCGCGCAAGUACCACCUCGACAUCAAGCUCGACACACUCGUCACCAAGAUCACAUUCGACAAGACUGGCUCCAAGCCUCGCGCCACAGGUGUCGACUUCUUGGAAGGCUCUAGCCUGUAUCGCGCCGACCCUCGCUCCACCUCGGCUAAGUCUAGCGGAUCUGGCAGCGUCAAGGCCAAGCGUGAAGUCAUUGUCUCCGCUGGCUCUUUCAACACUCCCCAGCUCCUCAAGCUCAGCGGCAUCGGACCCAAGAAGGAGCUUGACUCUUUCGACAUCCCCGUGCUUGUUGAUCUUCCUGGUGUCGGAACCAACAUGCAGGACCGAUACGAAGCUACCGUCAUUGGCAAGACAACCAGCGACUUUGUUAUCACGUCCAAGUGCACCUUCUUGGAGACAAUGCCCGAUCCCUGCCUCGAGCAGUACAAGAAGGGCAUCGAGCCUAUCACCAAGGGUGUCUACGCCACAAACGGUAUCGCCAUCGCCGUUGUUCUCAAGUCUUCCGUCGCCGAAAAGGAACCCGAUCUGCUCAUCUCUGGUGCCCCAGCCAAGUUCAAGGGCUACUUCCCCGGCUACGCCUCCGACUCUCUCGCCGAUGCUCAGCACUGGGCUUGGAUCAUCCUCAAGGCUCACAGCCGCAACAACGCCGGCACAGUCACCUUGAAGUCCACUGACCCAAGGGAUAUGCCCAUCAUCAACUUCAACUACUACGACACAGGUGCUAACAGCAACGGAGAAGGCGACAAGGAUCUCCAGGCCACCUACGAGGGCUUCGAGUUUUCUCGACGAGCUUUCGACAGUCUCAUCCCUCUUGAUGGCAGCUUCCCCGAGGUCUGGCCCGGAAACAACGUUACUAGCGAGGCAGAUGCCAAGCAGUUCCUCAAGGAUGAGGCUUGGGGCCACCACGCUUCUUGCACCUGUCCUAUCGGCCCUGAUAGCGAUCCUAUGGCUGUCCUCGACUCCGAGUUCAAGGUCCGUGGCGUUGACGGCCUGCGAGUCGUCGAUGCCAGUGUCUUCCCCAAGAUUCCUGGUUUCUACAUUGCGCUGCCUCUGUAUGUUGUUGCCGAGAAGGCUAGCGACGUCAUUGUCAAGGCUGCCAAGGCCUCUGCUUAA